AUGGGUUGUGAGAACGGCAGCGAAAUCUCUGAGUUCAUCCUGCUGGGCCUGUCGUCCCACCCAGGCCCUCAGCCCUUCCUCGUUCUCCUCUUCCUCCCGCUCUACGUGGUCGGCGUUCUGGGCAACUCCCUGAUGGUGGCUCUGAUCACGGUGGACCCCCGGCUCCACAGCCCCAUGUACUCCCUCCUCCGCAGCCUCUCGUUGGUGGACAUGGGCCUGCUCUCGGUCACCGUCCCCCAGGCGCUGGCCCACGCCCUCUCUGGCCACCGGGCCGUGCCCUUCCGCGCCUGCCUGGCCCAGUUCUUCUUCUUCUACGUCUUCGGCGUCUCCGACACGUUGCUCUUGGCCACCAUGGCCCUGGACCGCUACGUGGCCAUCUGCGACCCGCUGCGCUACCCGGCCGUGAUGAGCCCCCGGGUCUGCCGGCGCCUGGUGGCCUCCUGCCUCGGCCUGGCCGCCCUCCACUCCGCCUUCCACGCCGGGCUGCUGCUGAGACUCACCUACCGGGGCGGGAACCGGCUGCCCCACUUCUUCUGCGACCACCAGCCCCUGCUACGCCUCUCCUGCUCCCCGACGCGGGUCAACGAGGCGGCCAUCUUCUUCGAGGGCGGCCUGGUCAUCCUGGGGCCCUUUCUCUUCAUUGCGGCCAGCUACGCCCGCAUUGGCCGGGCCAUGCUCCAGCGGCCGGCCUCAGAGAGGCGCCGGGCCCUCUCCACCUGCGGCUCCCACCUCACCAUGGUGGCUUUGUUCUACGGGGCCAUCGUCGGGGUCUACUUCCAGCCUGGGGCCAGCUACUCGGCCCCCCGGGGGGCUGUCUUCUCCGUCAUGUACACCGUCGUCACCCCGGCCGCCAACCCCUUCGUCUACAGCCUGCGCAACAAGGACGUCCAGGGGGCUCUGAGGAGACUGAUGGGGAGGGGGCGGUUUCUCCCAGAAGGCAUGAGCCUUGGGGCCCUGGGAAAGGGGACUGGCUGGCUUAGGGGGGCAGGGAAUGGGGCACGGGGCCUGUCCCCUCAAGGAGGUGUCAACUCCCAUCCAGCCACAGCAUGA